AUGAGUGACAGUGAAACCCCUCGUAGACCGUUAAGUAGCGUUCAACGUAGAAAUAUUCUGGACGCGCUUAUAGGAUCCCAUAGCAGAGAAGACGAGGAGAUUCAACUAUUUCCAACUAUAGCCCAACAGAAACAAGCACAGCAGGCGCUGAAUACAAAGCGCAGAAUGGCCCAAAGCUUGGAGAUUUUAUCCGAUCGGCAGGCACUUCUAACCGAGAAGUUGCUGCGAAUGAAUGCUGCGCUGCAAGAAGAAGGUAUCAGCGUUCAUCUGCUUCACGUAGAGACUUUACGCCGGGCAUCAGAUGAGUUCGAAAAAGUGUAUUCCGAAAUGGUCAGCCUUUUGCCGAGGGAACAGCGGAAUGAGCUGCGUGUCGAAUAUUCCAACUUCGAAGAGCUGCAUAACGAAAUCUACGUCAAGCUACAGACGCGGAUUGACCAAGUGCAACAGCUGAAAGUCCAAGAGCUCCAGAAUGUUCCGGUUGCGCCACUCCCACAACAGGCCCAGGUGGCACCGGUGUAUGUGCAGGCUCCAGUUCCUCACCUACAGGCUCCGUUUCCGACCUUUAAUGGGACUCUUGAAAACUGGUAUAGCUUCAAAAGCUUGUUCCAGAGUAUCAUGGCCCGGUACAUAAACGAAACUGAUGCCAUGAAGAUCUUGCAUCUUCGAAACUCGCUAACCGGCGAUGCGAAAGAUAAAAUCGACCAGGAAGUUGUUAACAACAGUGAUUAUGCCUCCGCCUGGAAGAUUUUGGAGGAUGCCUAUGAAGACAAACGCCUGAUUAUGGACACCCACAUCGACGCCAUUAUGGAUUGCCCGAAAAUCACAAAGGAUAACCGUGAUGCAUUGCACGGACAUGGGUUCCCCAUCGAAGGAUUGGCGGAGCUCAUACUAGUCAACAUCCUAUACAAAAAACUGGAUAAGGAGACCCAAGAGCAAUGGGAAACAAAGUUGGGUAGUGGCAAUCUUCCUGAAUUUGAUGAAUUCAUCGAGUUCUUGCGCGAACGCGGACGUGUACUUCAGCGCACUAAUCGGUUACAACAGCCCCCAGUGCAUACGGGAGUAUCAGGUCCAGUGAAGCGACAACCAGUAAAUCAGAAGCUGCACGUGCCAUCUAACUCAUUCGUACAAGUUGCAAAGGAAAUAUGUCCAUGCUGCAAAGCAGAGCACUCGAUUUAUCGUUGUCCGAAAUUCCAAGGUAUGCCCCUACAUGAGCGAAAAACAGUUGUAACUAAAGCAACACUGUGCUUUAACUGUCUCAAGUCCAGACAUCGCGUCAUCAACUGUCCGUCGGAGCAAGGCUGCAAGGUGAAAGGGUGCGGUCGCAAGCAUCACAGCUUGCUUCACUACAACGAGCCCCGUCGAGAUGCGAAUCCAAGCAAUGAAGAAGAUAACGAAGAGCGUUCAGCGGAAUCGGAGGAGCAAGCACAAAAGAGGACCGCAGAGCCGCGCAGCAAUGCAACCACGGUUUGUGCUAAUGCCCACGGUGGUAAACAGCUAGUAGUUAUUUCGGCACUAUUAUUAGUAGCGGGAAGGAGCAAUACGAUUGCCAAAUGUCGCGCUCUAAUGGAUUCCAAAUCCGACAGCAAUAUCAUAACCGAGAAGCUGGCCAGCAAGCUUCAGUUAAAAAUGAUUGCUGUGGAUUUUCCUAUCAGCGGCUUGAACAGCAUGGAAACACGAGUGAAGUACCAGUUAGAAACACGGCUCCAGUCCUGUGUUAAUUCCUUCGCCACGUCACCGUUGGAUUUUCUUGUCGUCCCUCGAGUAACGUCGAGCCUACCGGUUCUAGAGAUAGACACCCGAUACUGGCCAAUUCCAUCCGGACUAAGAUUUGCUGAUCCUUUAUUUUCUUCACCUGGUGAAAUAGACAUGAUCAUCGGAAACGAAUUGUUUUUCGACAUAGUCAAAAACGGCCGAUUGAAGCUCGGCAUCGACAACGUAACGUUAGCGGAAACGGAAUUAGGAUGGGUCGUGGCAGGAUCAGUAUCCAUCAGGAAAGCCCAGUCGUCUCGUCGUGUUUGUCAACUUAAUCGGAAUGAGGAGUUACUCAACCGCACAAUGUCAAGAUUCUGGGAACUGGAAAGUGUACAAAUGGAGACCGCUACAACUGCAGCUGAGGAUUUAGUUGAACAGCAUUUCAAGGACACUCAUUACCGCGAAGAAUCUGGGCGAUAUGUCGUGCGACUACCAUUUAAUGGUAUGGAACACCAACUAGGUGAUUCCUUUGAAGUUGCCAGAAAGCGGCUAACUAGACUGAUGGUCCAACUUGCUAAGUAUCCAACUAAGCGUGGUGAGUACUACAAUUUUCUAUCCGAGUAUUUAUCACUGGGUCAUAUGACGGAAGCGGCUGAAUAUUCGGUUGGUCGUGGUUACUUUAUUCCACACCACGCUGUUUAUAAGGCUUCCAGUUCAACGACGAAAACAAGAGUGGUCUUUGAUGCGUCAGCGAAAACCAGUUCAGGCCUCUCGCUCAAUGAAACGCUCUUAGUUGGACCCACGGUGCAAAAUGACAUCGCAACGAUCAUACUCCGAUUCUGCGUCCACCUGGUGGUGUUGACCGCCGACAUUUCAAAAUGUAUCGACAGUGAAGGGCAUCUGAAGGUAUAUGAGCUGCAAACUGUAACAUAUGGCGUAGCUAGUUCACCAUACCAAGCGACGAAGGUGUUGAUUCAACUGGCCAGUGACGAAGGCGAAGAAUUUUCACUCGGAAGGAAAGUUAUCCAGGAUGACAGUUAUAUCGACGAUUUUUUGACUGGUGGUUCGUCUGUCGAAGAAGUUAUUCGAAUCUUUUCGGAGCUAUCGGAAUUGUUGCGUCGUGGUGGCUUCGAAGUACACAAAUUUUGUUCAAACAGUGUGGAUGUGUUGAAUGCAAUUCCCAAGCAUCUCCAAGAGCAGCAGGUUAGCUUUGACGAAGCCGGCCUCAGCAACAGCAUCAAGACUUUGGGAUUGAUAUGGAACCCCCAGGAUGAUUAUUUCACGUUCCGUGCUACUACAGCUAAUGAUUGCAAUGGGGUGCCAACUAAACGCAAGGUGUUGUCGGAAAUUGGACAACUUUUUGACCCGCUUGGAUUUUUAGGUCCUAUUGUCGUGUAUGCCAAGUUAAUAAUGCAGGACAUUUGGCGAUUGGGUCUUGACUGGGAUCAGGAUCUUCCAGAGGAACUGUUGAGAACAUGGUAUCGAUUUCGGCAACAACUCCCAGUUGUGAAUCAAAUGCGCAAACCUCGUUGUGUAACUCAAGGAGAGGUGACUACUGUAGAGCUUCAUGGUUUCUCGGAUGCCUCGAAGCGGGCCUAUGGAGCUGUCGUUUAUGUACGGAGCAUCACUUCGAGUGGGAAGGUCUAUGUCAACCUGGUGGCCAGCAAAUCACGUGUGGCUCCUCUCAAGCCGAUGACGAUACCACGACUCGAGUUGUGUGGUGCGAAGCUUCUGGCGGAAUUGAUGCAGAAGGUAAUAGCUGCAACAAAGAUGAGUUUUGAUAAUGUGAAACUGUGGUGUGAUUCCCAAAUAGUUCUGUGCUGGCUUAAGAAAUCACCUUUAGCACUAAAUCCGUUCGUAGCUAAUCGUGUUGCUGCAAUUUUGGAGAUCACGCAAUCUUAUCAGUGGGGUUACAUACGAUCCGAAGAUAAUCCUGCUGAUGUAAUAUCAAGGGGUGAGCUGCCCGAAGAUCUGCUGCAAAAACAAUUGUGGUGGUGCGGUGCACAAAUGCUUUGGGAAAUACAGCUCACGUCAUGUGAACCUGAAUCGUUUGAUGAAUUGAUGCUACCUGAACUAAAACCAUCAGUGGUGUUGUCAGUUGUGAAGGUGAAACCGACGAUAGUGCUCAACAGACUCAGCAGUUAUAGAAGGAUCCAGAGAGCGUGGGCGUAUAUUCAUCGGUAUAUCGAUUGUAAGGUGUACAAGAAACAGGUGUCUGGUGAUAUUACUGUCGACGAGAUUAUGAGGGCUGAGAAAUCUGUAUUAUUGCUUGUCCAACGCGAAUCUUACGGAGAUGUUUUGAAGUCACUAAAAUCGAACUCCGUUCAGCAACACCUGUACCGAAAUCUGGCACUCUUUGUGGACGACGAUGGGUUAAUACGAGUUGGUGGUCGUUUAAAAUAUUCUUCUAUUCCGUAUGAUGGCAAGCACCAGGUGCUCCUACCACAGAAGCAUCACAUCACCGAAUCCAUUGUUCGUGGGCUGCAUCAAGAACAUUUUCACGUCGGCCAGAACGGGCUUUAG